AUGGACUCAAGCUUGAAUGAGCCUAGAAAUCAUCAUGUUAAUAAUGCCACGUGGUCAUAGAUUUAAUUAAUUUAAUGUUAUUUGUUUCAUGACAUUCACUUAGUGCACCAUAUAUACGUGAACGCUUAUUUUCAUCUGUAUUUUGGUAACUUGAAACGGCUACUAUAACUGAAAGCAGGACGAUGUGGCGUGACGGAGUCUUCUACUUGAAAUAGGGCACUGUCCCUUUUACGAUGUGACAGCAAGAAGUUGUAGUUUGUUGGAACAGGUCAGGGGCAGAAAGAAAUUGGGAACUAUAGCUAGAGUUAGCUAAGAAAGUAUACGAACGAUAACCUUUUACACACAUCUAUAUAUAUUGUCGGUGCUGCCGUGGGAAUCGAACACGAAAACGGAAUAGUGAUCAUCCACGAGAAAGAGGAGGAGGAAUUUGCCGCAAGGAAAACUUGAGGAAAAGUGAUGCCCAAGCCAGCCUUUACUACUCUUGGAUGAAGACCCAGCAUCAUCAUGAAAGUGACUGUGACAUUCGGGCGGACUGGUGUCGUGGUGCCAUGUAAGGAUGGAUGGACUGUUCGUGAUCUCAUCCAACAAGCCACACAGAGAUACAGGAAAUUAUUGGAACAGGAGGGGGACUUUCUGGUUCGGACUCACCAUGUGGAGUACUGUGAUGGGGGCAUCCUAGACCCUGAUGACACCCUGAGCGACCUGCUGGAGGACAGAGACAAGCUCAUGGCUGUGUAUGAAGAGCAGGAGGCCCAGCAGAGAGGGACUGUGAGUCCUGGAGGAGCAGAAGGAAUAGGGAGGCCCAGCCCCAACCAAGACCCUUAUGAGUCUGAACUCUCCGUCUUCCAGCCAAUCAGAGGAGGAGAGAUAGAAGUCAACUCCUCCACUCUCAAGUCCAACACUCCUCUGUUGGUGAGGAGCAGCAGUGAUUCUGCCCUGAGCCCCCCGUUGGAGACCCCACAUCACGGCCUCCCUCAGGACCCCCCCUGCAGACCCCGUGCUCCCCCGAUGGGGGUGGAGCAUGGACAGGGGGUGGAGCAUGGACAUGGGGUGGAGCAUGGACUGGGACUUGACCACACAGCCGAACCGACAGAGGACGUCUCCAAACUGAACUCCACCUCCCUCAGCCUGACCAAGACAGUGGAGAUCUCAGGAGAACAUGGUCCUCUGGGGAUCCACGUGGUUCCUUAUGUGUCCUCCCUCAGUGGACGGGCUCUGGGCCUGCACAUUCGUGGUGUAGAGGAGAACAGUCGCUCGAAGAGAGAAGGAAUCUUCCAGGACGAUGAGUGCAUUGUUAAAAUCAAUGAGACUGAGUUAAUGGACAAAUCCUUUACCCAGUCACAGGAAGUGUUCCGUCAGGCUAUGCGGUCCCCUGUGGUACGCCUGGAAGUAGUUCCUGUCUUCAACAGGGAGAGGUACGAGAAGAGUCUGAUUGGUCAGCUCUUCAACCAUUCCGACAGCCCCAAAGCCCUUUCCAAGACCACCCCCAAGGAGCCACCUCCAGUCAAAGUCAAGCCCACUUUCAAGCCCACUGACUCCUCUGCCCCCCGAUUGGGUGAGGACAGCAGCAACCUUGAGGGUCGACUUCUGGGCUCGACACAACCGGUGCCCGUCAGCCUAUCUCCUGUCUCCAAGGUGAAGAGUGACAGCCCUCUUCCGAAGGGUCCCUCCCAUCCUACCAUGAUGGGCUUUGCUGGCAAGAAGGGAGGGAAGAAACUGAAGAUUGAUCUGAAGAAAGGUCCGGAGGGCCUUGGCUUCACCGUGGUGACCAGGGACUCGUCUGUCCAUGGCCCUGGGCCGAUCCUGGUCAAGAACAUCCUCCCACGAGGGGCCGCUGUCAAAGACGGACGCCUGCAGUCAGGCGAUAGGAUCCUGGAGGUGAACGGCGUGGACAUGGCAGGCCGCAGUCAGGAGGAGCUGGUCGCCAUGUUGAGGAGUACCAGACAGGGGGACCCCGUUGUUCUACUGGUGUGCAGACAGGAAGACAUGUUCCUACCUCGAGAACUGAAGGAAGAGGAGGCACGGGCUGUUCUUCUGUCCGAGGAGGGCAAGGAGCAGCUUAUGUUUGAGGUUCCUCUGAACGACACAGGUUCCGCCGGUCUGGGAAUCAGCCUAAAAGGCAAUAAAUCCCGGGAGACAGGAGAGGACCUGGGCAUCUUUAUCAAGUCCAUCAUCCAUGGAGGAGCUGCCUACAAGGACGGCCGUCUGCGUAUGAACGACCAGCUGAUCGCUGUGAACGGAGAGUCCCUCCUGGGCAAGUCCAACCAUGAGGCCAUGGAGACCCUCAGAAGAUCCAUGUCCAUGGAGGGGAACUUAAGAGGCAUGAUCCAGCUGGUGGUUCUACGGGCCCUCGUCCAAUCACAGGAUGCUUACAUCUCUCCAAACCGCUCGUUUGAUGCCUCAGCCCCAGCCAGCCCAGUCCAGCCUCCCGUGGUCAACAGCAUCUCUGACAGAUCUAGUGCCUCCAAUGGGGGUUAUCACCGCGUGGAUGAAGAUGAGGCUGACGAAGAGGUCAACCUCUCAGUGACCCGCCAGGAGUGUCUGAGCCCAGCCCCGGUACCAGGGGAGAGCUCCAGCCGGCCCGACAGACUACAGCUGGCACAGCCACAGUAUCACCAGCACACCAAGAUGUCAAAGUCCUCCAAGAGCAUGGAUCUGGUGGCAGAUGAAAGCAACGUGGGAUCUCUAGCUGGCCCGUCAGAGCCCUCCCCCGCCCUGGACCUCGGCCCUACCCUGGGUCUGAAGAAGUCCAGCUCCUUAGAGAGUCUCCAGACGGCCAUGCUGGAGAUGAGGAAGAACGACCUCCUGCCCUUCCACAGACCCCGCCCACACAUGGUGAGGGGGCGGGGCUGCAAUGAGAGCUUCAGAGCUGCCAUCGACAAGUCCUACGAUGGCCCAGCGGAGGAUGAUGACGAUGACCUGUCAGACCAGAGUUCCGGCCGGGACACUCCAGCCAGCGGUUCCUCACGCCAGGGUGUCGGGGACGCCAUGGAGGAGAGCAAACCCAAGAAAGACAAGAAGAAAAAAGCCAAAGAAAAGAAGAAAGAUAAGCAGAAAGAGAAGGGGAAAGGAAAGGAGAAGAAAGACAAGAGAACAGAAGAUGUGGAGGAGCCAGACAAGAAGUCAAAGAAGAUAGGUUUUGGACUUUUGAGGUUUGGGAAGAAGAAAGAUGAUAAAGAGAGGAAGGUGGAGGCCAAAGCCACUCUCCAGAGGCAGAAGUCAGAAAUACUGAGUGAAGAAGAGCUGGAGAGAAUGAAGGAGGAGAGAGAGAGGAUUGAGGCCAAGCACACUGAGCUGCGAGGGCGUCAGGUCAGAGCGCCAGGGUCGCCUGACGUGGAGGACGAUGACACGGAUCCUAAUUACGCCCGCAUCAGCAACUUCCGAGACAGGACAGAGCACCAGUCCCAGUACAGCAGAGCCCGUACGCCAUCGCCCCAGCGCCCGCCACCCCACGGCCUUGGCCCCUCCCACGCCAGCCAGCCGUCCAGUGAGGACCCGCUGGAUGGGCUGUAUGCCAAGGUGAACAAGCAGAGACAAGCUCCACCUCCGUCCUCGGCUGACAGCAGUGUGGAUCGUGUCCAGCAGCUGAGGAGAGAGUACCAGCUGGCCCGGAGAGAUGGAGCAGCACCACCCUACCAUGAGAUAGACCCCCGACGCAGAGGCCCAGAGUACGACCAGCACCGGAUGCCAGUGAGAGGACCUGGACCUGAUCUGCGUCUGGUCCCCCGAUAUGAAGAGGUGGAGAGACAGUAUGCCUCCCUGCCCAGACGGGCCCCCAUUGACCCUUCAGAGAGGUACCCCGGUCAGCUGCCAGGCUGGGGGGGUCACUACCCCGGCCCACAGCCCUGUUACCCCAACUUCCCCCGUCAGGCAGACCCAGGAUACUACCACCCCCCUCCCACCCAGCCGAGAGGCCCCCUGCGCCAGGACGUCCCCCCCUCUCCCACCCUGCCCCCGCGCGCCCCCCGCUACGACACCAUGACCGGUAGAACAGGGGGGGGGGGCUUCCGCCAGGCUAGCCCGGAGAGGUUCACCUACGGGGGGGACGGAGCCGGCCGACAGGCUGACCCACGUCAGAAGAACCCCAUGACCGCUGCAGUGUGACGCCCCGAUCCCAGCCGGGCUGAGACGCCCCGAUCCCAGCCGGGCUGAGACGCCCCGAUCCCAGCCCCCCUGAGACGCCCCGAUCCCAGCCCCCCUGAGACGCCCCGAUCCCAGCCCCCCUGAGACGCCCCGAUCCCAGCCGGGCUGAGACGCCCCGAUCCCAGCCGGGCUGAGACGCCCCGAUCCCAGCCGGGCUGAGACGCCCCGAUCCCAGCCGGGCUGAGACGCCCCGAUCCCAGCCGGGCUGAGACGCCCCGAUCCCAGCCCCCCUGAGACGCCCCGAUCCCAGCCCCCCUGAGACGCCCCGAUCCCAGCCCCCCUGAGACGCCCC